AUGAGCACAAGGAGAUCCUCCAGAUCGCGGCUGGGAUCGGAAAUGGUCCAGGUGCUCGUGGGCAAAGAACAACGCGACUUUCGAAUGCACAAGAAGCUCCUUUGCAGAACCAGCGUCUUCUUCCGCAACCACAUCGAAGCCGCCCAGCAAGAAAGCAAAACGACCAAAUCCGAAUCCGAAGACUCGGUCCUCUGGCUCCCCGAAGAAUCCCCCGAAGUAUUCGAGCUGUUCAUCGUCUGGCUCUACGACCGUCGCGCCUUUCAAGCAUACGUCGACAGCGCCGUAGAAAAGGCCUCGAGAAAUCGACACUCUCCCACCUCCUCUCCUAGCCGAAUAUCUCCUGCUCGACAUUCCCCGUCCCGGAUGGGAACGACCAGACAUGCGGAAACAACCGACAGUGAACGGCGGGCCCUUCGCUGGAACCUGGUUCGUCUGCAUCUCUUUGCCGAGGUAAUCGACCUCCCCGCUUUGCAAGACGACUCGAUGGACGCCCUACAAGAUUUGUACCUCCGCUGCGACUGGGACAUGUCACCGGGGUUUAUCACCUUUCUGUACGGGGAUUGUUCCCUCGACAACGCAGUCAGACUGCGUAAGUGGGCCGUGGCAAUGCUGGCCUGGACGCUGCACGGCGGGGACGGCACGUCAAGUGAGUUCGAGAAGCUGUUUGCUGUGUUCCCGAAACUCAAAGCGGAUUACGGCAUGCACUUUAACAAGAUGGCGGCGAGCAAGGCCGAUUUACGGAUUAAGAACCCCCAGUUGAGGCUACCGAUGAACAAUCUGAGGAGCGAGGAGCGCUUGUUUGGCUUCAGGCAAUGCUCGUUUCAUAGUCAUCGAUCGGCAGUCGGAGAGGGGGUUUGUCCCCAUUUGGUCACGGGGCAGGAAGAUUCAGAUGAUAUGGAGACUGGGUCAACCCUGAUGGGCGAGGAUAUCAUUUCGGAGGAGGAGGACGAGGAGAAGCUGGAGGGCGAAGCUGGAAGUUCGGAUAGCGAGGUGAUAAUUACACCUGUGUGCGAUAUGGAAACUUCUUUCCUGGACCUCUCAUAG